AUGCAAUUGCAACCUCCAGCUUAUGAAAGUCUUGCAGCUGUAGACAAUAUGAUUGGUGAUGAUCAUUCAAAUAGUAAUGUGGAACAAGGAAUUAUUCAUCCAGUUAGACGGCGACCAUUUGGUAAAUCUCUGCGUAAUCGAUUGAAUCAUAUUGUCAGUAUGUAUAUACCCGGAAAUAAUCCUAUAGAAAACCGUUUAGUCGGUAUUGAUGAGACAACAGAUCAUACAGGAUUAUUAUCUUCUAACGAAAGUAAAUUAGGAUUUCCUUCUACGAAAGAUGAUGAAUUAUAUGAUAUAAAGUUAAUUUAUCCAGGUGAUCAAUUAAUCAAAGGUAUUCUUCGUUAUGCUAGUCUACCAGAUAAAUUUUCGCCUAAUGAAUCUCCAAAAAUCACAUGUCUAGCUGCAGAUCAUAAAAUAAUUUAUAUUGGAUUAGAAAAUCUACCAUAUAUAUUUCUAAUUUCUGCUGAGUCAAGUGAUUGGAAUGAUCAAAAUUAUCAUAAAUUUGAAAGUAAUCAUUACAAGGGUUGUUUACAUCUUCAUUCUACUGGAGUUGGAAAUAUUUUACCUCAUGAAUUAUGUGCUCAUUCUACUAAAACUAAUCAUACUUUCCUCUACAUCGUUGGAACUAUACAAACUGAUAAUAUGAAACAAGAAAAGAAAUGGAUUUUGGCGAAAUUUGAUUUGAAUGGUCAACAAAUUGCUCGUAGUCGUACUUAUUCAUAUCAACGUUAUUCUGGUUUAUCUGUAGACACUAAUGAUGAUCAUUUAUUGCUUGCUUGUCCUUCAAUCAAUGAAGUAAAUUCAUCGAAUAUUGAUUCGCCAGGACAAAUAUGUAAGUUAACCCCAGGAUUUGAACGUCGAGUAUUCUCUAUUACAAUGGGUAAAGAGUCUGUUUUCUAUAAACCAAAUUAUGUAACACAAGAAACAGCCGGUCAUUGUUGUUGGGCUUCUGUUGAACGUAUCCUUCAUUCUACAGAAAAUACAGAAAAUAUUUAUCAACCUACAAGAAGACUUUUAGCAUUUCCUGGACGUCAACCUAUUGGUGAAUUAAAACAAAGUGCACGUGAAUGGUUACAUGCUUAUUCAUGGGAUUUUGCUGAUUUGAAACCAGGUAGAAUAACUGCUUUCGAUGCUGAUCGUUUAUUGGUGAUUGAUUCAGAGAAUGGAACACUUUCUUAUAUUACUUGGGUAAAUAAUGAAGAGAAACCGAACUUGUAUCGUAUUACCCGUCCAUCAACGAAACCUAUACGUUUGCUAUAUUCAACAUACAAUUCGAAAUGUUUAUCCAAUGAAUCAAGUAAAAAUGUUGCCUAUUUUGUAGCUGGUUCUAGUAUAUUCUCUUUUGCAUUUUGCCCCAAUACUUGUACAACAACAACAACAUUUAAUGAUAAUAGUAAUAAUAAAAAUGAUAACACUACUAUUAACAACAAUCACACAAGUAAUAACGUCAGUCACGCAUAA